CUCCCAAUUUUCCCAAAAGAAUUUACCAAUUACUCAUCCUAACCAUUCUUAAGCAUUGAUUAUCUCGUCUCGUUUUUGAGUACAUCUUUAAGAUUCCGAUCAUGAACGUCGCGAGCAUAUUUCGCUUUAAAACCAUGCAUUUCUUAAUCAAAUUUCGUGAGGGAUUCAACGACCAUAAGAUCCCUUUCAUCAAUGAAGAGCCGAAAUCAAGUCAUGAAGAUAGUGUUAUUCAGCUACCAGAUUUGAGGCAAAUUCUUGAGGAUUUCGACGCUCAAUCCAUCUAUGCGAAGAUACAUUGCGAUUUGACGGAUAAAUAUAAUAUGGCUAAAGAAUACUAUGUGGCGCUCGCGGAAUUAAGGAAGUAUUUGGUGGCGGAAAAUAAAAUUUCUGCCGGUGAUCAAGGGAAGGAACGUGUUUCUAAGAUGUUGGAUGAAGUGGUUUCAACGAUGAUUACGGAUUUUACUGACCUGACGAAUGAGAAGUAUGCUGUUUUGGAUGAAAUCUUCUUCAUGGAGACCAACUUCAACUGGAACGGAAAUUUGGAUGAUCUUAUGAAGAAAGUUGAUAAGGUUGUGCAUAAACCAGAAGCCAUCUACAACCAGGAAUUUGAGAAGAUGUGUAAGGUUCAUCUGAUUUUGGAGGAGGAAGUGAGAAGACUGUUGCAAAUCAAAAAUGGAGAUUAGAUCACACCAGUUUGACAUGUUUUAAUUAUUUGAAAUUGAUCAUUUAUCCUGUGAAUAGGAUUUUAUAUAUUUUGAACUCGCAAAAUUGUAAUUUUUACGAAUCCAAUUCAAAGAUGUUUUUGCUCUGCAUGACGUUGCAUGAGAAACCAGAUGUAUUAUGUGAUAUUACUCUAAAUGUAUAAUAUUAAGAUAAACAGAUAUAUAAUAAA